AUGCUGCCGGCGGUCGCCGCCGCAUCCCCCAGCCUCUCCCAUCUGCCGCGCUACCACCACCUUGGCCGUCGCUUUCACCUCCGCCGCCACCGCCUUCUACCUGCUACUCCGGCCAGGCCCUCGUGUGGCGUCACCCGCGCCCGCCGCCUUCUCCUUGCCGGCGCGUUCGCCUCCGGGGAGGGUCCUUCAGGACAGGAUGUUGACUACUCUGCUGGCGCCACAAAUUCUGGGUCUGCAUACCUUGGUCUCUUCGUUCGAUUGCUUGGCUUGGACAAUGACGCACGUGAUAGGGAGCAUGCUGUUUGCACACUCUAUCAGUACUCCCUUGGUGGAAGGAAGUGCAUCGAUGAGAUAAUGCAAUUCCCUGGUUGCAUUGUUCUCAUCAUUAGCCUCCUGAAAUCAGAGUCCACUCCUGCCUGUGAAGCAGCUGCAGGUCUUCUGCGUAACAUUACAUCAGUUCACAUAUAUAGGAAGAUGGCUGGUGAGAGUGGAGCAAUGGAAGAAAUCAUUAGUCUUCUCUGUAAAUCUACAAUAACCCCUGAGAUUCUAGAGCAGUGUUUGUGUACCAUUUGGAACUUUUCUAUUGAUGAAAAUUGGAGGUACAAGAUUCUGAGGAGCGAUGUCCUAAUGAAGAUUGUUAGCUACCUAGAUGAAGAAGACAUAAAAGUCAAAGAGGCCGCUGGUGGUAUCAUAUCAAAUUUAGCUUUGAGUCCCUCUAAUCAUGGAGCUUUGGUUGAAGCAGGCGUCAUCCCAAAAUUGGUUCAUCUUUUGCAAACCAAAGAAGAUGACUAUAAGAUUAUUAGAAAGGAAGCAAAAAGUUCACUAAUACAGCUGACUGGUGAUGAUCAUUACUACAGCCUUAUAAUAGAGGAGGGUCUAGUCCGGGUUCCUUUGGUUGGCUCAGCUGCAUAUAAAGCUUUUAAACCUCUCCCUCAUUCAUGGCCCUCUUUUCCUGAUGGCUCUGAGAUUCAACGGAGUUCUCGUCCCUCAAAAUACGGUGCUACUGAACUGCUCCUUGGCUUGAGUGUCAAUGAGAAUGAUACAAAACCAGAUGAAGCUAAAAUUAAUGCUAUGAUAGGACGUUCUAAUCAGCAAUUCCUUGCGCGUGUUGGAGCUAUUGAGUUGGAUGAUCAAGGAAAAGAGGAAUCUGGAUCUGAAAAGAAUGACAUGUAUACCAUUUUGCCAUGGGUAGAUGGUGUUGCACGGUUAGUUUUAAUCCUUGGACUGGAAGAUGUCUCUGCAAUAAAAAAGGCUGCUAGAGCAUUGGGUGACGCAUCAAUAAAUGAACAUAUGCGUACCUCAUUCAAGGAAGCUGGGGCCGUUAAACCUCUACUUCAGUUGCUCAAGCACAAAGAUGUACAUGUUAGAGAAGCUGGUGCUUAUGCGUUGGAAAAAUUAAGUGUCAGUGCCACAGUCUGUCGGAAUAUCAAAACAGAAGGUGGAUUAGAAUUGCUUGUAAAUAUAGUCAAGGAUCGAGAUACCCCAGUAGAACUACUAGAGAAGAUAAUUUAUAUACUUUCUCGAAUGUUUGACAUGGGGAUUUGCAUGGUUGCUGCACCGGAUACUGAAGGUGAUAAGGACAGUGGAAACAAUGCAAUUCCCCAGACAUCUGUUAACCAAGAGAUGGCCAGCGAGUUGAUCUUCGAUUUUGAUGCUAUCUCACGUUUAAUGAAAGUUCUGAAGGAAGCAUUGCCAAGGUUGCAAGCAAGAGUCUGUUGUGUACUAGACCAUGUAGCAGCUUCAGAGCAACAUGCCACUGCAAUGACUGCUGUUUGCACUGGUUCAGUAAUCGAAGCUAUUCUUGAAAUAGGGGUUAUUCAUGGGACCAGAAGUGACUCUGAAAACUUUGAUGAAACUCCUAGUGCAGUCAUCGAAGAACUCAGUGAGGCUGUGUCUGCAGCUGUGAGAUUACUCACAAAGCUAUUGAACUUUGAUCUUUUCAUCCGCAGCAUAAACAGUGAAAAAAUCACUUCUCUGCUAAGAAGAAUGCUCAAGUCAAGUUUCCCCCUUCAGUCAAAGGAUUGUCUUGCAGCAUGCCUCAUUAAGCUAGAAUCCAGAGCUGGCUUAUCAGGAGAUCAUGGUGUCAGUAAUAUAGAUAUGGAGAUAACUAUCUAUCAGACUAUUCCAAGGCUAGUUGAGCAAAUGAUGACCUCACUUUCUUUUGAAAAUAAGAGAAGUGCUGUAAUAGAGCUCAAUAAGAUAAUAUCUGGUGGUGUGCUGGAAUAUGCAAGAGCAUUGGCUGAUGCUGGAGGGAUAUUUCCACUUGUCAAAAUGCUUGAGGAGGGGGAUGGAGAUGCACUGGAAGCUAUCUUAGCUAUCUUGUAUAAUCUGAGCAUGGAUCCAGAGAAUCACCCAGCAGUAAUUGCUGCUGGAGCAGUGCCCCUGUUGAAGCGGAUUGUUCUUACGGAAGGCCCACAAUGGAGUAGUGCUAUUCAGUUGUUGAGAACAUUGCCUGUAUGA